UCCCCACAUCCCCAGCGCUGCUCCCGGGACGCGCAGCUCCGCAUCCCCCCAGCUCCGCCGAGGCAGCAGAGAUGUUUUAUUCGGGCAUCCUGACAGAGCCGAGCAGGAAAGAAGUGGAGAUAAGGGAAGCGGCGUCUCUCCGCCAGCAGAGGAGGAUGAAGCAGGCGGUUCAGUUCAUCCACAAGGAUUCUGCGGAUCUGCUCCCUCUGGACGGGCUGAAGAAGCUGGGCACGUCGAAGGAUACUCAACCACAUAACAUCCUGCAGAAGCGCCUGAUGGAGACAAACUUAUCCAAGUUCCGAGGCAGCCGGGCUCCAAAGGAUCUCUCAUCAGAGGCCAACAAGCUGAACCAAACCAAGCUGGGCAGCUCAGGGAAAACUGAGGAUGAAGAGCUCAUAGUGGUGAGCUGCCAGUGUGCGGGGAAGGAGCUGAAGGCCGUGGUGGACACCGGCUCACAACACAACCUCAUGUCAUCUGCCUGCCUGGACAGGCUAGGGUUAAAGGAGCAUCUCAAAGCACUCCCUGUGGAAGAGGAGAUGGUUUCCUUGCCAAACAAGGUGAAAGCCAUUGGGCAGAUCGAGGCUCUGUCGCUCACGGUGGGAGCGGUCCCCGUGGAGUGCGCUGCCCUCGUCGUGGAAGACAAUGACCAACCCUUUUCCUUUGGGCUGCAGACACUGAAGUCUCUGAAGUGUGUCAUAAACAUGGAGAAGCACCACCUGGUUCUGGGGCAGAUGGACAGGGAAGAAAUCCCAUUUGUGGGCGUUGACAGUGCUGAGGCAGGAGAGCAUUUGGAGGCAUAAAGAGAAAUUGAAACACCAUCCCCACGCAGGAGCUUGAUAUCAAAGAAAUCCUGUGCAG